AUGCUACGACCAGGCCCUGCGCCAUGGACUUCAUCGGCAAUGGCUUCUACGUCACCUGGGUCCACCCGAGAUGCAGCUCGCGAGACGCUCAAGCGGCAGUUGCCCUACUUCAAGCGUACCCAAGACGAUGAGGCCUCGAUACGCAGGGGCAGGCCUUUCCAGGUCUACUUGUGCCGGAAUGGCAUGAGCGCAUUCGAUGCAAAAUGGUCGUGGCCUUCCAACCCCGGCUCUUCUGCUGUCACGGGAGCAGAGGACGAAGGUGGACCACUCUCGCUGCCGCUCAAGUUCCGUUCUUCGUGA